AUGUUCGUAUUGUUACCGACCACACAAGAUGACAACCUUAUCCGGCGCCACCUACUGGCACUGAAAAAGUUCAAGUCGAUAACUCUCGCCCUGCAACGGCGCGAUGUGACUUUGUCCGAAGCGCGUCUUGUUUUUGAUCGCAUACGCCAGAAGUACACUUGCCUAGAUUCCCAUCUGGCGCCCGACAGUAACAUCGUCCGCGACGAAGGGUUCGAAUCUGCCAUCACAAAAGUGCAGCGUCAUCGUGAAAGCACCCUGUCAGCACUCGAAAAGAAAUCCUUAAAACGACUUCAACGAGAAUCAGUCGAGUCGAUCGAAUCAGACAGUGAUGGUAGCGAUGACUUUGCCAUGGUGACACUUAAGCGGCAGCGCACGAUGACUUCUGCGCCGUCUGGGUACGUGUGCACGAAGUUUAACAUCAAACGAGGUGGAACGGGUAAACAGCAUGUGCAAACGACUCUACACCCCAAUGCGAUCGGAGCUUCGUGGCGACUACAAGUCUCGACGUUGACUCACUUGAGCGCCUUUUAG